AUGGCUGCAUCUUUUGGAGUGCCUUCAAUGAUACUGGAGGAAGAAGGGAGGUUUGAAGCAGAAGUAGCAGAGGUGCAAGCAUGGUGGAACUCUGAGAGGUUCAAGCUAACCAGGAGGCCAUACUCAGCCCGAGAUGUUGUGGCUCUCCGUGGCAACCUCAAGCAAAGCUAUGGCUCCAAUGAGAUGGCCAAGAAGCUGUGGAGAACUCUCAAGACUCACCAAGCCAAUGGCACUGCCUCCAGGACGUUUGGUGCUUUGGACCCAGUUCAAGUUGCCAUGAUGGCCAAGCACUUGGACACCAUCUAUGUCUCAGGCUGGCAAUGCUCUUCAACACACACCACUACCAAUGAGCCAGGCCCUGACUUGGCUGACUACCCUUAUGACACUGUCCCAAACAAGGUUGAGCACCUCUACUUUGCUCAGCAGUACCAUGACAGGAAGCAGAAAGAGGCUAGGAUGAGCAUGAGCCGCGAAGAGAGAGCGAGAACGCCUUAUGUGGACUACUUGAAGCCCAUCAUAGCUGAUGGGGAUACUGGGUUUGGUGGUGCAACUGCCACUGUUAAGCUCUGCAAGCUGUUUGUGGAGCGUGGGGCUGCUGGAGUCCACAUUGAGGACCAGUCUUCAAUGACAAAGAAAUGCGGGCACAUGGCCGGGAAAGUUCUUGUUUCAGUCAGUGAGCAUAUCAAUAGGCUUGUGGCAGCAAGGUUGCAGUUUGAUGUUAUGGGGGUUGAGACAGUGUUGGUGGCCAGGACUGAUGCAGUUGCAGCCAAUUUGAUUCAGACCAAUGUGGAUUCUAGGGAUCAUCAAUUCAUUUUGGGAGCAACCAACCCGAACCUUAAGGGGAAGGGCUUGGCCACUAUUCUAGCUGAGGCAAUGGCCGCUGGUAAGACUGGGGCUGAACUUCAAGCCAUUGAGGAUAAUUGGCUCUCAGUGGCACAGUUGAAGACAUUUUCAGAGUGUGUUGUGGAUGCCAUCAACAAUCUGAACAUAAGGGAGGAUGAGAAGAGGAGGAGGCUGAAUGAGUGGAUGAAUCAUUCAGGGUACGAUAAGUGUCUCUCCAAUGACCAAGGCCGGGAGAUUGCUGAAAGGUUGGGGCUUCGCAAUCUGUUCUGGGACUGGGACUUGCCGAGAACCCGAGAAGGGUUCUACAGGUUCAAAGGGUCAGUAAUGGCUGCAAUUGUCCGUGGCUGGGCUUUUGCUCCUUACGCUGACCUAAUCUGGAUGGAGACCGCAAGCCCAGACUUGGUUGAGUGCACCAAGUUUGCAGAAGGGGUGAAAUCAAUGCAGCCAGAGAUCAUGUUGGCUUACAAUCUCUCCCCUUCUUUCAACUGGGAUGCAUCAGGAAUGACGGAUGAACAGAUGAGGGACUUCAUUCCACGGAUCGCCCGGUUGGGCUACUGCUGGCAGUUCAUUACAUUGGCCGGUUUCCACGCCGAUGCACUCAUUAUCGACACGUUUGCGAGGGACUUUGCUCGCAGGGGAAUGCAGGCUUAUGUGGAGAAGAUCCAGAGGGAGGAGAGGAACAAUGGAGUUGACACACUUGCACAUCAGAAAUGGUCUGGUGCAAAUUAUUAUGAUAGGGUUCUCAAGACUGUCCAGGGAGGCAUCUCCUCCACUGCUGCCAUGGGGAAAGGAGUAACAGAAGAUCAAUUCAAAGAGACAUGGACAUUGCCAGGAGGGAUGGGGAUGGGGAUGGGGGAAGGCAACACUCUGGUGAUUGCCAAGUCAAGAAUGUAG